CGGCGGCCGUCGCUUCCGGAGCAGCAUGGCGGCCGUGGAGGACGAGCCGCUGUCCGGGAGCGGAGACGGGGAGCGGCUGGACUUCCUGCGGGACCCGCACGUGCGCUUCUUCCAGCGCUGCCUCCAGGUGCUGCCCGAGCGCUACUCCUCGUUGGAGACCAGCAGGUUGACAAUUGCGUUUUUCGCACUCUCUGGGCUGGAUAUGUUGGAUUCCUUGGAUGUGGUGAACAAACAUGAUAUAAUUGAGUGGAUUUACUCCCUGCAAGUCCUUCCCACAGAAGACAGAUCAAAUUUAAAUCGCUGUGGUUUCCGAGGCUCUUCCUACCUGGGUAUUCCAUUCAAUCCAUCGAAGAAUCCUGGAACAGCUCAUCCUUACGAUAGCGGUCACAUUGCCAUGACCUACACGGGCCUCUCGUGCCUGGUCAUUCUGGGAGACGACCUGAGCCGAGUAAAUAAAGAAGCUUGCCUUGCGGGCUUGCGAGCCCUUCAGCUGGAAGACGGGAGUUUUUGUGCAGUACCUGAAGGCAGUGAAAAUGACAUGCGGUUUGUCUACUGCGCCUCCUGCAUAUGCUAUAUGCUCAACAACUGGUCAGGCAUGGAUAUGAAAAAAGCCAUCAACUACAUUAGAAGAAGUAUGUCCUAUGACAAUGGGCUGGCCCAGGGAGCUGGACUUGAGUCUCAUGGAGGGUCUACCUUCUGCGGCAUUGCGUCGCUGUGUCUCAUGGGCAAGCUGGAGGAGGUGUUCUCCGAGAAAGAACUGAACAGGAUAAAGCGAUGGUGUAUAAUGAGGCAGCAGAACGGUUAUCACGGAAGGCCUAACAAGCCAGUCGACACCUGCUACUCUUUCUGGGUAGGAGCAACUCUGAAGCUCCUGAAGAUUUUCCAGUACACUAACUUUGAGAAAAACAGAAAUUAUAUCUUAUCUACUCAAGAUCGCCUUGUUGGUGGAUUUGCCAAAUGGCCGGACAGUCAUCCAGAUGCCUUGCACGCCUACUUCGGGAUCUGCGGCCUGUCGCUCAUGGACGAGAGCGGGAUCUGUAAGGUGCACCCUGCUCUGAAUGUCAGCACGCGGACUUCGCAGCGCCUGCAGGCUCUCCAUCAGCGCUGGGAAAGCCAGGAGGCCGCCCGCUGCCCAGAGAACACGGCCCUCUCCACGUGACUGGCUCUGCCUGGGCGGGCGCGGGUCCCCAGCCUAGUUGUAGCUCACCAUUAAAGCCAUGUAACCUCGUGCUCUGCUGUCUGAGAGGCAGAGUCCUACAGUCACGGGACGCUGCGGCACGCUGCGAUGCGGUCCUGAGCCAGGACACGAAGUGUGACCCGCAGUGGAUGGCACCGUGCUUCUUUAAUGUUUAUACCAUAUUUCUAAGAAGUUCUUUGAACAACUUGACUGUGUGUAUGUAGAUUAUCUUCAUAAGAACUCUUGAGUACACAUUUUCUCUUCAGAACGAGUUUACGCUUCACACAGCGUUGAUAAUCCGUCUGUGGGCCGACAGUUAGCAUUGGGCAAGCUUGACCCGAUGGUGGGAGUCUUCCCGCAAUGAUUGUCUGGGAUUUGUCUGUGGAAACAGAUGAGCCCAUCAUUUUUUGGGUAAAAAAAAUGUUUUAUUCUGACAUGUGCCAGUGAACUAGUGUGGCCUACGUAAAUGAAGUGAAUAACUGCAUAGUAAAAUAAACAGGCUUGACAGAGUAGUUUUGCAAAGGAAGCUGUUUAAGAAUAUUAUGUAACCAGGGAAGAAGUAACCUGCUCAUGUGCUCAUGAGCGAGAAGGCUUUGUGCUGCGUGGCUCCUGGGGAGGUUGCUGAGAUAAGUACCAGCUACGUUUGAGUUUCCUCUCGAACCAUUGAUUGUUUUUUCCCUCCAGGAAAAAAAAAGAAUCUGUCUGGAAGGAAAGCCACUGAUUGUGUGGCCUAUGUUUCUGGCAUACCUGUUGUUGAGGAUUGUGCUUCGAUAAUGAAACUAUUUUUGGCCCUGUG